GAUUUAAAUUUUUGUUACAACAAAUAUACAAAUGUUAAUAAAAUCAAAUGAGUAUGUCAAUAAUAAAUAUUUAUAUUAAAACUAAACUAUAUAUAUAUAUAUAUGUGUGUCAAUAUCACUAAAGUUUAAUUAUAUACCAUAUAAAGUAAAUAAAUAAUUUUUUUUAUUUAUUUGCCAAAAACAUGACUGUAAAUAAACAAAAAAACUUCCAAUACAUUUCUUCAAAUAGAAGUGAUUUUUAAUAUUGGAAAAAAAAUAUAUAUAUAUAUAUAGAUAUUAUUUCAUUUAGAAUAAAUAUUUUAGUCUUGAUUUUUAUUCUAAGAAGCUUUUAAUGAAAUAUUAUGACAAGAUUCCAAAAACCCACUUUUGAGUUUGUUCGUAUAAUGAGAGAUUUGAUCAUUUGUCUAUUAUUUAUUUCUUCCUAAUAUCCUAUCUCACUAUCAUAUUCUUUAUCAAUAUACUCUUAUGUAAUUCACCGAAUUCACAAAAGAAGUUAAAAAAAAGAAACAAAACUCAUAUCAGUAAAACAGAAACGAGAACGAAAACACAAUUUUAUAGAAGUAGACUUAUGGAGAGACAAUAGUAAACAAAUUGAGAGCAGAAAACUUAAUCCCCCUUUCGUUAUUUUGAAAUCGACGUUACCUAUCUGAUUUUUGUGAUUUGUGUCAGACACAAAACUUAAUUUUAUUUUGUGCAUAUGAAGUCAUAAAAAUAAUUUAAAUGAGUUGUACUAUGUUAAAUCUUCAACAACAAUGAUACAUUUUAGAGACUAAUAUUUGUAUUCGUCAUUUUACAAUCGUUAAAAAUUGUAAUGUUGCAAAAUGUUAAAACUAUUUAAUAAACAAACAUCAAUAUAAAAAAAAACUCAUCCGCGCUUGCGUGCGGAUUAUCAUCUAGUUUUUAUUUAAAUUUUACACAAAUAUACAUAUAUAUAUAUAUAUAGUAUGUGUGUACUACAUAUAGUCUAUAUGCAACAUGAGAUCAUUUAGUAUUGAUUUAUUUAUGCAUAAAUAACAUAAGAAUCGUGCUAAGUUUACGUCCUUAAGUUUAAUUUUUGAUACAGAAAUUAGAAAUAAAUUCCGAAGUUCGUUUUUUGGACCAUUUAUUUUAGGAUAUUAUAAAAAACUAAACUGAUGAUAAAAAUGUGAACGACAUGAUAGAGAUAGACAACUAAAAGAAGACGCAGCAUGUGGAAUUGUGGUUGAUGAAUAUGGAUCUUAAUGACUAUUCUAGACCAAUGUGUAACAAACAAGGCUUACAAAUGAAAGGGACAUGUAUAGUGUAUACAUUAUACAUCAAUAACAUAAUACAUACUUGCGUAUAUAAUUUCAAUACACAAGCUAACAAGUAGUCAUGCAUAUAUAUGAGAAACCCUCCAACGCAUAAGCUUACAAACCUGUCAUGUAAAUACCCAUCUUGUGUCUCUUUUUUGUGAAACCUACUUUGUUGUUUUCUUUUGUAACUGGGAUAUAUUUUUCGUUAAAAAAAACGCUGGGAUAUAUAUAUAUAUAUAUAUAUUGUAUUAUGGUAAAGCUUAAACGUAUCCCUCAAGCAUGUAAGAGACUACAAGGUUGUGACUUAUUAACAUCCCACAUCGUGGAUGUAUAAUGUCUUUAGGCAAUAUAUACCUAAUAUCACACAAGUAAUAAAAGGAACAUAUACUGAUUAGAGAGCCUGUCCACAUAGGACAUUAAAAUCGUCCAAUAGAAAGUUGUUUAUUUGACACGUCAUCUGGACUUCCCGUUUUAAAAAAAAAAUCUGGCGUGAAUUGAUGUUGGGCCAUUAAACCCAUCGUAACGGACAUACGAAAAUUCCUUUUUUUUUUAUCUAUCGUGAAAUGAUGUUGGGCCACAAAACCCACCAUAAUUGAGACACAGAUACACGGGAUUAAUAUUACUCGAGCUUGCCUUCUUCGAUACGAGAACCUUUGCUCUUCCUCUUCUUUGUUCAGUUUCAUGAUUUCAUCCUCGAACAUCAAUACCUCCUCCACUUUGUCUCUCUUUAAUCUCAUUAAUGGAUUCACUUUGUUUUCCUCCUUCAGAUUUUGUUUAUAAAACUCUCGAUCUGAGUUUUAUUUCGAUCAGAUUUUGUUCUACAGUCUCAUUACUACAUCGCAAUUGCAAUGAGUUCGAACGGAGAAACCCUGUCGGAGAAACCAAAAGGCGUUGAUGCUGACUCCUUUCCCGGACCGAUUAAGCCCACCGGUACAUCCUAUGUCUCUUCUGGCCUCUCGAACGGCGAUCCCCACUCGAAGAAAACCAAAAGCGAAGCGUCUGUCUCCUCCGGUCUGAUCAAACCCAGCGGCAAGACCGGUGUUUCUUCCGGCCUCUCGAUCGGCGUGCCUAAUUCGAAGAACCCCGACUGUAAGAACCUGAUCUUUUGGUUAUCAAAAUUAUAUACUCCGUUUGAUUACCGAAAAAAAAAUAGAGUAUGAAGCUUUUGUGAUCUAAAACAAUGAGAUGAACAAACUAUAUAUUUUAUAUUGUGGUUCGUUUUGUUAUCAAAUCAUAGAGUCCGUUUGAUCACCAGAACAGUUAUUGAGUCUAGAGCUUCGUGACUGAAGACACUGAUAUGAACAAUUUUUUUUUUAUUAUAUUGAUGGUUUAGUCUACAGAAAAUAUAAACGCAUUGAUGAAUUCAACGCUCAUAUUGCACUGCAGGUACGAAGACCGGUGUCUCUUUAGGCGUUAGAGGCAAAGCCGCUGUCUCCUCUCGCGCCAAGGGAAAAGCCAUUGUCUCCGCCAAAGCUGUGGAAGUGAUGUCUUUCAAGGAUGUGAAAUUCGGAGCUCAUGGAUGCGAGUUGAGAUUUCGGUUGAUCCAUUUAUGGGAAGCUCGAAAUGUUGUGACGAAGACGCUUAUCGGUCUCGAGAUGCUUCUCAUUGACCAAGAGGUAUAAACUGAACUCUCUUUUGCGGUUUAGUUUAAAAAAAAAUUGUUUAGUCGAGAUGCUACUAAAUCGUUUAUAUUCAAACUUAGCGUUCUAUUCUUUGGUUCUUUUAAUGAAUUUGUACCAAGUUUUUGCUAUUGGUAAUAGAACCAUAACUUUAUUUCUGUUGUUGAUGCAUUGCGGUUUGAAUAUCUUUAAUGUUUGUGUUUAUUUUUCUAGGAGUUCCUGUCUAGCUUCCUAAUUUAAUUUCUCUAUUGUUGAUAACAGGAAACUGUUAUCCAGGGCUUCAUUCCAGCUGGGAGGAUAGAUACUUAUCUGCCACACAUGAAAGUUGGUGGCAUUUACAGGCUUAACAGUUUUUACGGGUCUAAUAACAAGACUCUGUAUCGGGUGGCUGAACCAAGUGUCACCAUCACCUUCUCAUCGUAUUCUGUCCUCUCUGAUCUAGAGGAUAGUUCGGUUUGUUUCCCUGAGGACCGUUUUCGGUUCCAUGGAUAUGAGGAGUUCGAUGCUGCCUGCGACUUGAGAAGGGAUCUCUAUGGUAAGUUCUCACUGUUUUAUAGUAUAAUGUUUAAUCUAACCUUAGAUGACGUGUUUAACUCAAAACUAAUAUAUUCAGCAUUGUUUGGCUAGGAUAAUGUUCUGAUACAUUCUUAGAUAUUAAGGUUUCAUGGUGGGUUUAUAAGAUAUAAAGCACUAAGUUUGAUUGUUUAUUAUGCAGAUUAUGUUGGUCACAUCAAGCUUGUGAAUGGGCAAGUUCUCAAUGACAGUCUUGUGCUAGAUGAUGCCGAGAUAGCUUCAUCCCGCCGAGUUUUGCUUCAUGUUCAAACACAUGAGUAAGCUAAUCUAUAUCUUUUUCAUAAUCAUAUAUUGACACUCUUAACAAACAUUUUUUGAUGUUAUAGUGGUCCGGUGAUGAAGUUGUACCUCUGGGACAAGGCUGCCUCUGAUUUUAGUGGAAAAUUUAAAGCAUCUGGAGGAGCUGCAAGUGUUAUUUUGGUCACCACCUUAAACCCGAAACGUUUUGGAGGUUCGUAUCAUCAGCUUUUUCCUAUGUUUUAAGAAGUUACAUAGGAUGGUCAAUGGAUUUUAUCUGAUUAGUUAGCUUUGAGUAAUAGAACUGCACUUGAAUGAAUUUGGGCUUAUUAGCUAUAAGACAUUUGAAAAAGUUUGUGAGGAAUUAAGAGAUAUACAUAAUUCUACAUCUCAUUUUACAUUAUAAUUUAGCAUUUUUAUUAUAACAUUGGAUCUGUUAUAGGUGUCCUAACUCUCUCCUCUAUGACGUCAUCACGGGUAUUUCUGGACAGUGAUGUUCAAGCAACCCGAGAUUAUCUCACUUGGUAAGCAUUCGUGUGUUUAGAUAUUGUUCGUAGUUAUCCUAUCGUUGUCUGAUGUUUGGACGUUGUCUUCAGGUUGAACUCAAACAUGGAUAUUGCUGAUAGAGUUUCUGCGGAAGUUUUCACUAAGACUGAGACAGUGACCAUAGGCGAGCUCUUCUCCUAUAUGAAGCAGGAAGCUGCCAAGGUAGUACAUACGAAUGAGUAACGCACCCAUUAUGAUAGACUCAGAUUCUAAUAUAAUUAUUAAAACGUUUUGCAGGUUGCUUGGUUUGAGUGCAUAGCAACAGUUGGUGAUGUUGUGCACGGAUCAAGAUGGUAUUACAUAGGUUGUGGUGUGUGCCACACUAAAGCAACCAAAGGACCUACCACCCUAAUGUGUAAAAAAUGUGGGAAGAGUGAUAUUGUUGGUGUUGCACAGUACCUAGCCAAGAUAUCUGUGUAUGACAAUGAUGAUCAGGCGUGUUUUGUGCUCCUUGGUGAUGCUGGUCAGGAGUUGACUGGCAAGAAAGCUUCUGAGUUGGUUGAUAGUUAUUUCGAGGCCAAUGAGAAUAUGGGAGAUGAUCACUUGGUUCCGGUGCCUCAAGCUCUGAUCAAUACCAUAGGACAGACUCGCAAGUUCAUUGUGAAGGUAUCAACUCACAAUUUGACUGGCAAGACCCAAAGUUUGACUGUGACAAAGGUGCUCAUUCCAGAAGAUCCAGAAAUUGAAGGCAAUGUAGAAAAUGUGACUAUACCAGAUGCCCAGAAAACUUUGCAGAAUGGAAUUGCUGAGGAUGGUCCUUCCACACGCUUUGAAGAAUCUGGUGGUGAGAGGGUGAAAAGGACUGCAGAUAAUGUUGAGGCAGAAGAUUCAAAGCGAGCCAAAUGUGGCUAGGAUGUGUGUAAGUGAUGGAUUUAUGGUGACUAAGAGUCUAUGCUUUGUUUCUUUCCAAUUUAAGACUUUAUCUUUGCAAUAUUGAACUAUCUCUCUUAUAAACUUUGUUAGUUAAAUUUAUGUUUAACAAUUUCUUUCUUUGAGUUUGAUGAUUUAGUUUGUUGGUUGUGAUGCUUUCCGAAUUUAAUUGAAGCUUUUGGCUUUUUAGUGUAUUGUAUAUUGUAUAUAGGCUUUGCCGUAUGUUAUGAAAUAAAUCAGAUUUUGUAUCAUUUUUAGCUGUUUUACGUGUAUAUGAUAUGGGCCGAGUAUCGACUAAAUGCAAUGCAUUGCGAUCCACACAUUACAUUUGCUUAAAAUUCUGAUCUGGGCAAGUGAUAAGACUAAUAAUGGAUACAACUAACAUAUCAUUAGUUACACUUACAAGAUUAAUGAUUUUUUUUCUUAUUUAAAUUAUAGUAGAUUCUUCUUUUUAAAGGAUGUAAGUUCAUUUCUUUUUUGCAGCUUAAAAUUUAGAGUGAAACUAUAAACAUCUAUAUGUGGUACAUUAGUAUUUCUCCACUUUGCAGAAAAUUGGACUUUAAAAUAGAAAGUUGGGUUUCUUGCAAUCUAAGGGAUUCAUAGUGACAACUUGAUUAUUUUAACAUAUAGGUUAAAACUAAUUGUUUAAAAUGGACUCUAUACUCCGGCUGUUCCAAGACUCAUUAGCAUCAUUAACAUGAUAACAUUUUUUCUAUUCUAUAACACAAAAACAAAAUUAAUUAAUUUUAAUUUAAAAAAAAAAUUAUAUUUAACAUUUAAAAUCCUUAAAUUUAUAGGCACCCGUUCAUGCGUUCUUAUGAUUUUUUUGCUUCUCUAAAUAAAACCACAAACCCUUCAGAUGAAUAUGUAUGAUUUAUUUUUCACCCUCUUUUCAUAUAUUCAAAAUUCUUUCCUCUAAAUUUUUGUCAAGAUAUUGAACUUACAUGAAAGAUGCGUUGUAAAUAUAGCUUUUGGCCAAAGGAAAUCAUCAAAAAAAACAUUAAUAAAAGGAUAACAAGAUCACUACUUACUUCCCAAGUUCAAACUUUGUAAGUUCUUUAGGGCAAAUUUAUCAAAUGAUAUUGCAUAUCUAUAUGAACUAAAAGGAAAAAUACAUCACCACAUUAUCCGCCCGUAGGGCGGACACGGACCUAGUAUAUGUAAUGUGGCAAUCUUCCACUUUUAAGUUAGCUUUUUAGUGUGAGUUAGAUACAUCAUUAAUAUAGUAUCAGAGUUCAUGUUAAAAGCUCAACAUAUGAUUUUCUACGUAAACAAUUUUCUACUUAUGUAACAUGUACAAAUGGUCCAUAUUGUUGUGGUAUGUCCGAAAUGUUAGGUUUAGGUUGUUUCCGUUGGACAAUUUUCCAUCUACAUCUUGAGAGGGGCUAUUAACAUCCGAGAUCGUGGAUGUAUAGUAUCCUUAGACAAUAUAUAUGUGAUGUGGCAAUCUUCUACUAUUUUUUGGGUGUGAGUUAGGUAUAUGACUAAUAUGAUUAUAGCGCAAAAAAUAAAGGUGAAACAUGAUUUAUUACUCCAGAUUAAACUGAGAGAUUGCCGGUCAAGUGAAAUUUAUUUAUCUAACAUUUACUCUAGUUAUUAUUUAAACAAAAGAAAACUCACACCUAUUAUCUUGCUAGUUUUUAUGAAAGUAACGUCUUUUUUUUUUGCUUUUUACUCUUUUUUCAUUUUUUUGUUUCUUUCCACUUCCACUUUUUAAUUUCUCUCGGUUACUCCACAUAUUAUCAAUCACACUCUAAAUCCUAGUCAAUCAAAAUACGAAUACUUAACCAAUAGUAUUAAAAUUUGGUAACAGACGCUAAUGAUGCCACUGGAAAGAUAAAACGAAACCAUUUGAAAUUCGCAUGUGAAAUGUAGCUUUUACUCUGAAAACUAGGGUGUAUAAAAAGUUAAAAAUAUGACGAUAUCGAAGAUGAUUUUUUCUUUCAACGAGACCCCACGCACGUGCAAGUGUUAUCCACACGCUUUUUUGCCAUUCAUUAUCUCACUUUCUUUGUUUAUUAGCAGAAAGUUCAGUUCACUCAUAGAUUUGCAUUCUCUUUCGCAAUCGUACGCGAAGGUUGAGCACAACGCCAGAACGUGUUCAUCUUGAUUUUUUGUGUCUUGUCGUAUUAUUACUUUUCUAGAAAUUGAUCACUCUUUCUUUUAGUUUUAUUGUAAAUAUAAAUACGUUGUCUAUUAAUGAUUUAAAGUGUGUUCUUGUC